AUGAACAUGAGGCAGGAUAGCGUAACAAGCACAGUGACGAAGAUAGAUUCCAAAUCGUCGCAACAACAGGGCUCUGCAGCUCAACCUGUCAGUCAACAAGGUGCCUCCGUGUUAAAUUAUCCCUCCACCAGUGCUGCACAAACAGCUAGUAUUGGCACGAGACCCCAACAGCAAGGCCAGUAUCCACAAUAUUCGCAGUAUCCUCAAACUCAAUCACCUUAUGGAUACCAGGCUCAACAGCAAUAUGGGUAUCCACCUCAACAGCCGAUGUAUGCUCAGCAGUAUCAAAGGCCAUCGCGGUUUGGCGGAAUGGGUGGAAUGGGAAUGAUGGGAGGUGUAGCUGCUGGCGCGUUAGGGGGCCUUCUUCUGGGUGAUAUGAUGACACCAGAUACGGUUGUGUAUGAUAAUGGAGGCGACUUUGGAGGCGGAGACUUUGGUGGAGGUGACUUUGGCGGAGGAGACUUUGGCGGAUUUUAA